UUAAUUUUUUUAGCUAUGUCUUGUAGUGAACAAAAGAUGUUUUAAAUGUGGUGCUUCUUCUGGUGCUCAUCCUGAUCAAAGCUCUGCUGGCAGCAAGCCCACAGCUCAGUGGGAACUGUCAGAGUCAGCAGGGCUGUGCUGGUUACCCCUCCUCAGGUGGCUGUUCCUGGCCAUGGUGCUGCAGUGCCAGGAUGGGACAGGAGCAGUUCUCUCCUGCACCUGGGCCUCUGUGUAUUCCAUUUAUUGCAGGCAAUAUGUGCAGUGACUGGAAUAAGUGAAAAUGCAUUUACAAAAAUGUGGGAGAAGUGAGUUUUCUCAUGAAAUGUGGAAACUGAGUGCCAUAAAUGACACCUGUAAACUUGAAACAAAAAAAUUUGGUGUGUUUGGGUGAGCAGUCCAUAGAGUGGAUUGUGACAAGCUUUCUCUUCUGUCUGUAUAGAUUGGUGUGUUCAUAAUGUACUGGUAGGAAACUUGCAGCAGAUCUUUUGAAAUUGAGAGGAUGGUUGUAGAGUUCCACAGUACUGUUGCAAAGUGGGUGGAAAGUAAGUUAAAAUGGUAAUGAAUAUUUUCUGUGUGAAAAACAUCUUUGUACAUGAUAGUUAAACAGAAGUAUGGAGAGAAUAGUGUCUGGAACAGGAGCAUCAUUCUGGUGUUACAUACUCUUGCAUGAGUAAAAUUUUCAUUUUAUGAUUUUUCAUUGGUUACCUGGAGCCAGAACAAGGAGAAAAUAAGAACUACUGUUUUUACUCACGCAUGCAUCACACCCUGAGUGUCAGCCUCUGCUUUAAGUGGCACCACAGAAAACAUACAAAGAAGGCAACAGCAGAUUACUCCUCUCAUACAUGUUAAUUAAUUUUGGUCUUUUUUUUAAUAAUGUGGCAGAAGCUAAUAGCAAAAAUCUUGCUGCCCCACUCAGUGUGUCAUUACAGAAUGUCAGAUCUCCUUCCCAGGGCUGACAUCCUCUUGGUUUGAUUUAACUACCUACUGGAUCUCAGGAGGAUGGAAUGGGUUGGGAGGAAGGUGUGCUGUGAAGAUCUCUACCAGUGGGUUUAAAUACAAAAGUAUGAAUAACUCUGCACCCCCUAGCUGGGACUGGAGUAGCUUGAGGUGUUUAAUUCUCAUGUGGGCAGAAUGAAAAGGUCCUGAGACUGGAAAGUGACAUUCCACAUUGAUAACAGCUAAAAGAGUCAUGGCAGUUCUCCAGCAACUUCUGUCUGAAGAGUUCUAGCAUUCUGCAUUUACCCAGUGACCUGGGAGUGUUUUUCUUUACAAGCAAGGCGGAGCUGAGGCAGUGUGCAUAUGACCCAGAAGCAUCCUUUGCUUGGCUUCAUGGUAAAAUCCAAGCCAGUUUUGGCUUUUCUUCAUGGGAGCAGGGAAGGGGGUGGCCUCAGCCCUCAUGUCCUCCUCCAUGAGCAGGUUGGUUUGCACUGAUGGGCUGCUCCAGAGGAGGAGCUGGAGCAAGGUGAUGGUCUCUCUCUUUGCAGAGGCUGUACAGAACUGCAGCCCCAGCAGCAUUCCCAGGUGUGAGCAGAUCCCAACCAGGGAAGGGACAGGCUGGGGGGAAUUCGAUAUCUGCACAGGUUGUUGAUUUCCUCUUGUUCCCAGGUAGCAAACUGGGUUCCCAGCAGCACACAGGCUCUCCAUGGAGAGGUGUUCUUGCCUUUCUGGCACAUGUUCAGUGCUCCUCUGAACUGUGCAAAACCUUGGGCUCCAAGGACCUUUUCAGAAGAGCGACCUGAGGAGACUGAUACUUCAGCUUGGGUUUCCUAGGGAAGCAGGUGCAGUCUGUCUGGUGCUGUGUGUAUGAGCCCAUCUUUCCCCUUUUAAUGCCUGUUUGGAGCUGCUGUCUUGUUUCAGACAGUUCACAGGGAGAGAUGAUGGCUCACAGAGCACUGUGUUUCUGUAACACAGGACUUGGGAUGAGAGGAAGAUUUUGAUCGAGUUCUGGCAGGUAGAGGCUCCAGUGUGCAUGUAGGAAGUAGGCUUGGUGCUUUUAUUGCUCAGUGAAUUGUUCAGAUUUGUUGCAAAUUAAAAGCUAUUAAAUAGGAAGCACUGAUGCAUGCAGCACAGGAUGACUGCUGAAGAGCUGUAGGGUUUGAUUUUUGUGAUAUUUUUUUUUUUUGCCACUUCAGUUUUCUUCUUUAGAAAAAUUUACAUCUGUCUAUAAUUUAUUUAAUUUGUAGAAAUUUACAUAAUUUCAAUUUAGAACAAUUUGAGAGGAGCAAUUUGGUGCUCCUGGCUAAGAGGCUAAACGCCAAGAACACAUUUGAGAAUUUGCCAGAAGCUUUGCUGUAGAAAGGCAAAAGCAGAGCUUUUGGCUUUCUUUACACACAGGGGUGUGUAAACACUCUGCUGUGCUCUGUCCCUUCAAGCUGCAAGGGGGAGUAUCUUUCAUCUGUGAAAGCUGAAACAUUCAUGAUGCUUUUUUUCACUUUAAGGAGGUGCCUGUUCAUAACAUACUGAAUCAGAAGUCUCCACAGUGCUAAUUUAAAUUUAUGGAGCUUCUGUCUUGCCAUUCUCUUGUGAGGUUUCUCUUUACCCUCUUCUAAGCUCUCCUUAGAAAAAAUCCUAUUUUUUAAAAUGAAAGUGAAGUAGAAAACAGCCCAGCACUGAUUUUUUUUUUUAGAUUGAAAUUGGUUCCCUGUCAUGCAAAACUUGAAGUACCUGAACCAUCUUUUCCUUCAAUCCUUUGCACCUGAAGUCAUAAAAUCACCUGAGAGCCCAAGUAAAAAAGCUGGCUUUUAAAGUACUUACUUCUUCACUGCAGUGGCAGGAGAAAACAAGAAAACCAAGCCUUCGAAAGAAAAGGCAUCACGAAAAAGUAAGUUAAUUCUUACUGAGUAUCAGUACAGGGAUUAAAAAAAAAAUAGGACUUUUUAGGAGGCUUUCCCUAACCUCUGGUGGCACUUUUCCUGGUGAAGGACCCCAGAGGACUCCUGGGUGCAGUGGUAGUUUGCAUGAAGAUGCCAUAUCUUCCAACAUCAGGAAGAAUUCCUUCCUGCAAAGGGCAGUCAGGCAUUGGAAGGGGCUGCCCAGAGAGGUUUGAGUUCCCAUUACUGGAGAUGUUCAAGGAAUGACUGGAUGUGGCACUCAGUGGUCUGGGUUGGGUGACAAGGUGGGGAUUUGGUCACAGGUUAAACUCGAUGGUCUUGGAGGGUUUUUCCAACCUUAGUGAUUCUGGAAUUCUGCUGCACAGCUCACAGAGGUGCCACUGCAGACACUGUUCGCAGAGAACUUGGACGUGCUGGUUCCUACCACCUCCAGUGCAAGAAAAUUUCUGAAAAGGAUUGGGGAUGCUUAGUGUUCGGAAUUUGAUAGAAUACUUUGUUCUGAUGAGAGCUAACCCAGGACACCAGGAGAUGCAAUAUACUGGCACAAGCAUCUGGUGUCUGCUCUUGGCUGUCGGGGGGGUUAGUUCCCUUUUGCUGUUUUGCGGUGGAAACUUCGAUGAGAAAGUGAAGUGAGAGGACUUAAAAAUUGCAGUAUGUGUCUCUUUUGGGUGGUUGUGUGCUGUGAGAAGAGGGCAGGAUCUCUCAAGAGACCACAGCACUGGAUAUUUUACACUUGCAAAUUAUAUAUAACCAUUUCUGCUCACCAGAGAAUGAAAAGGAGAAAAUGGUUUGAGAAAGGCAGUGUGGGUGCCUCAGCUGUUUUACAUUUCCCCUGUAUGCUGGUAAAUGGUCAAGCUCUCCCUGAGCACUGUUUGUUUAACAACUGAAAAGAAAGCACUUCCUGUCACUCCGAAAAGUAAAUAUCUGAAGUUAUGGAUUAACUAAGUUCCAGCAGAGCUCAUGGAGGAAGAACAGAUCACGCUGAUUCCCACUGAAUAAAGCAGUAAGUGCUUCAGAAGUAUUGUAUCCUUUGAGAUUUCCAAAUAGAACUUGCUUUAAUAGAGCAUGAAACUUGUAAAAAAUGUCCAGUGACAAGGGGAGGGUGUCAGGACAGGCCAGAAGUUUUCUGGAGAGCUGCUGAUGUGUUAAAGGCAACGAGCAAAUCAGUCUGGAGGGGCCCUAGUGAUCAGCUGCUCCAGGGCUGGGGUCAGACAGGGCGCAGCAGAGCGCUCAGAGAGAAGCAGCUUUCUGAAAAGCCAGUGAGCAACCUGGCUGAGCUGGAUGGUGGGAAUGGUCUGCAGCAGGGGCUUGUGUCACUGGCCAGUCUGCUCUUCUGGACACCUGCCUUCUCCUCCUCAGGUGACUCCUGCAAGAUGUGGAAGCUCCUCACUGUGGGGCUGCUGCUGGCUGCCUGCUCUUUCUGGGGCUGCUCCACCUCAAGUAAGCAUUCCUUUGAGAGAUGGCCUUCAACCCUUCCCAGUCACUGCAGUUUUGUUUCCUGAUCCUCUGUUAGUCACAGGGGGUGGCUGGAAUCCUUCCCACUUGAGGGGCUUUGACUUCUUUUAGCAGAGUUUGGCAGACAGUGCUGGGGCCAUGGCAGCUGCCUGGUCAGAGCCCUGCUGAGCCCCGUGAGAUGUCAGAGUACCACAGGGCAGAGGCUGGAGCUUGCUUCUGCAGCACAGCACAGACAGCACAUGGUGUCUAGGGCAGCUUCUCUUGCUCUACUGGAGAGAGGCUCUUGCUCUCAUAAGUGUCCUUUGGGAAGCACCACUGUGAGUUUUCAGCUAGCUCUUUUCUCUGCUUCUGCUCUCACCUUUUUGCUUGCAGUAUUUUACAGCAGUAAAGAUGCAAACCAAGUCCUGAGAAUCCAGAAGCGGUCAAACACUUUCCUGGAGGAGCUCAAGCCAGGCUCUAUGGAGCGUGAGUGUGUUGAAGAGCUCUGUGACUUUGAGGAGGCCAGUGAGAUAUUUGAAACCAGGGAAGCAACACUAGAGUUUUGGAGCAAGUAUGUAGAUGGAGAUCAGUGUGAGCACAAGCCUUGUUUCAACGGGAGCUGCAAGGACAAUAUUGGAAAAUUUUCCUGCAUCUGUAACGAAGGCUGGGAGGGGGUUUUGUGCAAUUAUGAGGUCAAAUACAGCAACUGUUCCAUGGAGAACGGGGGCUGUGAGCAUUUCUGCAGGGAGGAGCCUGCUGAGCAGCAUCGCUUGUGCAGCUGCGCCUCGGGGUAUCGGCUCAAGGAUGACCACACCACGUGUGAGCCUGUAGUGGAGUUCCCCUGUGGAAGAGUCAAGUUGGACUACAUUGAAGCCAAAGCAGAUUUCAAUAUUCGGCUCAUUGGUGGAAAAGUUGGGAGAAGGGGAGGCAGCCCUUGGCAGAUUAUGCUGCAAAAUACCAAAGGGAGGUUUCUCUGUGGGGGUGUUCUCAUCCAUCCAGCUUGGGUCCUAACAGCAGCACACUGCCUUGAAGAUAACAAGGGGUUCAGAGUUAAACUUGGUAAAUUCCAUUUCCGUCCUGAGGCAGACGAGCAAACCAUUUGGGUUGAUAAAUGGGUGAUCCACGAGAAUUACACCAAGAAGACCUCAGAUAACGACAUAGCCAUGCUGCACCUGGCUGAGCAUGUGAUGUACUACAAAUACGCGCUCCCCCUCUGCCUUCCCACGCGCAACCUGGCGGAGCAGGAGCUGAUGCGGAGCGGGCGGCAGGCGGUGGUGACGGGCUGGGGCAGCAUGAGCGAGCGCAACCACAGCUUCGCUGCCUUCCUCAGGUACAUCGAGAUCCCCAUCGCGCCCCGCAACGAGUGCGCGCAGGCCAUGAGCUCCCCCAUCUCUGACAACAUGCUGUGUGCUGGCAGCCUGGGAGACAGGAAGGACUCCUGCCGCGGGGACAGCGGGGGCCCUAUGUUCACUAGAUACAAGGAUACUUGGUUCUUGAUAGGGCUGGUGAGCUGGGGUGAAGGCUGUGGAAGGAGAGAGAAAUUUGGAGUGUACACCAAAAUUAGUCAGUACCUUGAGUGGAUCCAGCACCACAUAGAUACAUCAGCUCCUUUGAAAGGUUGAUUCUGAUCCAGAGUCUGGAAUGUUGUGACUCUGUGCUAGUGACAGUAUGCACUGUAAUGUACUGUCAGAUCUUCAGUAUUAAAUAUUGAGUAUGUG